AUGAUUUUAGUACAUACAGGGAACGUCCUCUACCCACGUUUUAUUGUUGUUGCAUUUACUUUUGAACAGCGACAGGGGGGAAGGUGUAAAGGAGGAAAAGCAACCUGCAUGGCUAGUGUUCAAAGUUACAAGGUAACAAUGCAAAUCAGUAGUAUGACAAUUAUUUACCCGCUAUUUAUUUUUUUUUCUCUUUAA